CAAAGAGGCCUGGGCAUGACUCCCUUUUCCAGUCCCCAGCGGGCCGUGGCAAGAGCACAGGCCUCGGGUCGGGACAGGACGGACCCCGGCGGGGCCCCGGCUGCCUUCCCCCUGCCCGCGCCCAGGGCGGAGGACUGCCGCUCUCUCUCCGUAGCUGACGUGUCUGGGUUUGGGCCCGGCUUCCGCGACGCGGGGUGCGGCCGCCUCGCCGGGCCCCGCCGCUUCCCUCCUGCCCCGCGGGCCAGUCUAAGCCAGGCCGGGAGGGUCCUCCCUCCCCGGCCCCUUUCCUCGCUCCGGCCCAGCCCGGCCUUCCGCGGCGUGGGAACAGCCGGGCGGGGCGGAGGGGGGGGCCGGGCCCUGGCGAAGGGAGGGAGGGAAGACCGCCGUGGCCGGCGCCGGGCGGGAGCGGGGGGAGGCGACGGCGGGGCGGGGGCGCUCGGGCCGGCGGGCCGAGCUCGUGGGCUGGGAGCCGCGGCAGCGCGGGGCAGGUCUCGGGCGGGGUUAGGGAGCGCAGCGGGGCUGGUCCCGGCGCGGAGCGCGGCUGGAGUGAGGGAGGAUGAGCCCGGUGCGGAGCAGCCGGAGCCGCCCGAGUCCCGCUCCCUGCGGGGCUGUCUGCUAGUGCUGGAGGAGGAAGAGGAGGAGGAGGAGGCGGCGGGCGGCCGUGGCCCGGGCGGGACGGGAGCUGCCCCGGCGGCGGCGGGCGGAGAACGGCUUUCGGCCGGAGCUGGGUGGCGGCGGUGGCGGCCCGGCGGCGGAGCGGCCAUGCCGUGGUUGAGCGGCGGGCGGCGGCGGAGGCAGCAGCAGCAAGUGGCGGCGGGACAGGGCGGCGGACCGCCGGCGGGCGGGCAGCGGGGCCGGGAAAGCUCGGAGCUACCGCUGCCCGCUGGCUGGGAGGAGGCGAGGGACUUCGACGGGCGAGUCUUUUACAUUGACCAUAACACCCGGCAGACCUCGUGGAUCGACCCCCGCGACAGGAUUACAAAGCCAUUGACAUUUGCUGACUGUGUCGGUGAUGAGCUUCCUUUAGGAUGGGAAACUGUUUACGAUCAACAGAUUGGAGUUUAUUAUAUGGACCACAUAAAUCAGCUCACACAAAUUGAGGACCCAAGGGAGCAAUGGAGGAGGGAGCAGGAACGCAUGCUAAAGGAAUACUUAAUUGUUGCCCAGGAGGCACUCAAUGCCAAGAAGGAGAUUUACCAAAUAAAGCAGCAGCGUUUUGAGCUGGCCCAAGAAGAAUAUCAACAAUUGCACAAAAUGUGUGAAGAUGACAGCCGUUCUUAUGCCAGCUCAUUCUCUGGAUUUUCAACUAAUACCAAGUAUGACCCAUAUCAGAUCAAAGCAGAAAUAGCCAGCCGUCGUGACAGGCUUUCUAGGCUAAAACGAGAAUUGGCACAGAUGAAGCAGGAGCUGCAAUAUAAGGAAAAAGGAGUGGAAACUCUGCAAGAGAUUGAUCGUAAGAUGUCAAGUGCUCAUACAAAUUAUAGACUGGAUGAAGCCCAAGCUAUAAUGAGUGAGCUUCGAACCAUAAAGAAAGCUAUAUGCACAGGUGAAAAAGAAAGGCAGGACCUUAUGCAGAGCCUGGCCAAGUUAACAGAUGGAUUCAGGAAUAGCUGUUGUAUUACGGAUUCCCUGCAGGAUCUCCAGCACAAUUCUGGUUCUCUCAGUGACUCCUGUUUACCUCAGCAACACUGCGAUGCUUGUUCCCAGACUGACAUCACUGGAGAGUUUGGAUUUGAUGACAAAACAAGACUUGUAGACAGAGUAAGACUGAACUGGCAGUAUGAAGAGGCCAAGAAAAGAGUUUCGAAUAUACAACAGCAGCUGGCCUUGCUAGAUAAUGAAUCUUGGCCAGGAAUGGCUGAAGCGGACAGGGACCGUCUUCAGCUCAUCAAAGAGAAGGAGGCUCUUCUUCAGGAGUUGCAGCUCAUCAGUCAGCAGAGACGAUCCCCAGAAGACAUUGCACGUUUGGAGGAAGAAAAAAGACGCUUGGAGGAUGAAAUUCAGCAGGCUCGAGCAACAUCUGCUCAUGGGGCCACAGAAAGGAUACUGUUACAGGAAAAGAGAAAUUGUUUGCUUAUGCAGCUAGAAGAAGCUACACGUUUAACCUCAUAUUUACACUCCCAGUUAAAAAGUCUGUCAGCUAGCACCCUCACAAUGUCCUCUGGCAGCAGCAGGGGAUCCCUGGCCUCCAGUCGAGGAUCCCUGGCCUCCAGCAGAGGCUCCCUCAGCUCCGUCAGCUUCACGGACAUCUAUGGCCUGCCACAGUAUGACAAAUCAGACAGCGUUACAGACUAUGGGCAGCAUCUACGCUUUGACAUAAUUCCCUUCGAGUCUCUCACAAAGGAUGUGCCAUACGCUGAUCCCAUUGGACACUCAAAUUUCAAUAAGCAGCGGAGGUCUCUGGAUACCCCGCAGUCCUUGGCAUCCCUGUCAUCACGGUCCUCCUUGUCAUCGUUGUCCCCUCCAAGCUCACCUCUGGAUACCCCGUUUCUCUCUGCAUCUCGAGAUUCUCCCUUGGCUCAGAUGUCAGAAGGUUUUGAGGAGAUGGCGAGCAUAGGAGCCUUGGAAAUGCUCAGGGCUCAGGCCACAGCAUUGAACGAUGAUGAAACACAAGGAACAAGCUCAUCUCAGACGUCCACUUACCCUGUGGACAAUGAAAUGUUGCGAGAAAUGGGACCACAGCUGACUGCUGUCCAAACUGGUGGAGCUGUAACUCUGCGAGGAGACAGUGGUAGAAGAUCGGAGAGGAGAGCCAGGCGAGUUUCAGCAUGUCUCUCAGAUCAUUCACUGGCUAGUGACAGUGGCGUGUUUGAAGCUUUAAGCAAAAGGAAUGAAGAUCUGGAAGAGCCUGUUUAUGGUGAUGCUGCCAGUAAUGAAGAACCACAAAUACAUGUUGGAUUUCUGCAUGACAGUGGAAGCGAAUAUCUGUUAGUCCAUGUAUUGCAGCUGAAGAAUUUUACUAGUCUAGUUGUUAAAGAAAACUGCAGAAUUCAUGUGAGAGUUUAUUUGCCACCACUUGAGUCAGGCACACCAACCACUUACUGCUCUAGAGCUUUGGAAUUCCAAACUCCGUUAAUAUUUAAUGAAGUUUUCCAAAUCCCCGUGCAUUCAAGUGUUUUGAAAUUAAAAUCACUGCAGCUGUAUAUCUGUUCAGUUGACCAUCAGCAACAAGAAGAAUUAUUGGGCAUUGCUCAGAUAAACCUGACUGAUGCAGAGAGUUCUAGUGAGAUGCAACUUCACUGGUAUACUGUUCAGAUCUUCACUGGUUCAGACCCCCAGAGAGCAAAGAACAAAAACCAGUGUGAAGAAAGUAUUCCCCGGUCUUCUGGAAAUGUAACUACAGUUAAAACAGAUGCAGUGACAGCCCUGUUAGCCAGGACCACUGCCCAGCUGGAAGCAGUUGAGAGAGAGUUAGCAGAAGAGAGAGUGAAACUGGAGUACACAGAGGAGGAAAUCCUGGAGAUGGAAAGAAAGGAAGAUCAGGCAGAAGCCAUAUCAGAAAGGAGUUGGCAAGCAGAAUCUGUUGACAGUGGAUGCAGUAAUUGUACCCAGACUAGUCCUCCUUAUCCAGAGCCAUUUUGCGGGGAUUCGUUAGCUGGACACACGUUUGCAGCUCAAGCAGGCCAGUACAGUUCUGGAAAAAUGCAGCCUCUGCCACUAAAGGUGGAUAAGGAAACUAACACUGAGGAUCUGUUUCCUGAAGAAGUUGCUGUUCUUCCAAAAGAGAGAACUAGCCGCAGGCCACGGGGUUCUGCUUUUGUUCGCAGCAGCACUAUUGUUCGUUCCCAGACCUUCUCGCCUGGAGCACGAAGUCAAUAUGUUUGCAGGCUGUAUCGCAGUGACAGUGACAGUUCAACUCUGCCAAGGAAAUCCCCUUUCGUCCGGAACACAUUGGAGAGGCGUACUCUGCGGUAUAAGCAGCAGUCCUGCAGAUCAUCUUUGGCUGAGCUUAUGGCAAGGACAUCCUUAGACCUGGAGCUGGAUCUCCAGGCAUCCAGAACUAGACAGAGACAGCUGAAUGAGGAGAUAUGUGUUUUAAGAGAGUUGAGACAGCGUCUGGAAGAUGCCCAACUCAGAGGGCAGACAGAUCUGCCCCACUGGGUCCUUCGGGAUGAGCGAUUCCGAAACUUGUUGAAGGAAGCAGAAAGGCAGACAAGACAGACCAAAUUUGAACAUCACCAAGAGCAAGCAGCUGAAAAGAUGCUGAAGAAAGCAUCAAAGGAAAUAUACCAGUUGCGUGGGCAAAAUCAGAAGGAGCCUAUUCAGGUGCAGACUUUUAGGGAGAAGAUAGCUUUUUUUACAAGACCAAGGAUUAACAUACCUCCUCUGCCAGCUGAUGAUGUAUGACAUGUUGCAUUGUAAACAUGAAGUAUUUAUCGCUCUUAUUUUAAUGAAGUUACUAGAUUAGCCAAGUUUCUUAAAAAAAUUGUGCAAAAGCUAAUAUACACGUUUUGUAAAAAAUAAAAAAAGUAAAAAAAGUAAAAGUAAACAAAACCAUAUAUAUAAAUAUAUAUACAUAUAUAUUUUAUAAUAGUGACUGCAACAAGGCUUGGUUUUUCCUUGUUGUGAAACUGACAUCUCUGAAGACAACUUAUUUUAUAAAAGAUCGACUAUCCUGUUAAGAGCGUGUACAGUUUUUAUGCUGUUUUAUUUGACUUAAAGGCUGGAAGACAGAAACAAAGUGAGUUCAGGCAAAUUCACUGUAGUGUAAUUUAUUUAUAGUGCCUUUUUUCCUUGAAGGAAAAUACCUACUUUAAGAUGUAUUUUAAGACUGAAAUUUUGUUCUUCAGUAUUUGUCAUACAGUAGAAUGGAACCAUUGAGCUGGUUUUGUUUCUGAUACCUGAAAUGAAAAUACUAUGUUCUAAAAUUGUCACUUUUUUCAGCUUUAUUAUCUGUAGCUUAUUAUGUACAUUGUAUCCUUUAGCACUGUCUGUGUUAUAGCAAAAUAUUAUCACCUGCAAUGUCUUUAACACUGAUUACAAGUGAUGUUAAACAUUGCAGAAUUCAUUUGCAUGUUCUUACUGUGCACUAAUAGAUUGUUUUCAUUUCGGUUGUGUCUAAAGUAUCUUUAUAUUCUUAACUAGAUUCUCAUUUUAAACGGAGGAAGGAAAAGGGUGACAAGUCUUUCUCUUGCUGUUUAAUGGAAAGGGAGUUAAAAGAGCAGAGUGAGCUAGCUGUGUGGAAAGGCCACUAAAGGAAUAUGAUCGUAAUUUCUCAAUUUUAAAGAUUAUGAGCUGAUUCAGGAAAUACAUAUGCGCUGAUUCCAGAAAGCAGCUGCUUUAAGGAAGGGUGCUUAAACACGUGUUCAUCCUGAAGGAUGUAUUUUUGGGUUACUGCAUGCAAGUUCUUUUGAACAGUGACACUUUCCAGGAGGAAGGUGUAUAAUUCUGGAAGGUACAGCUCACUUGAUUGCUAGUUGGACCAGCUAAAAUCCAGUAGGAAAUAUUUUUACUUGUGACCAUUUUAGUGAAAGACUGUCACCCUAAAUUCCCGAGAAUGCCAGUUUUGUGUCCUUGCAUCCUGCAAGUAUGUAAAAAUACUUCUUUACUAAGCUACUAUAAUAGAAUUCCUCAUAUUUUUCUAAUUAUAUGUUACCUAUAAAGAGAGGUGCCCAACACAAGACUGGUUUUGCAACUUGCUGAAAUCUCCUAAUAGGAAGAUCCCACUGUCUCUUCAUUAAAGUAAAGGUUGAAUUGGUUCCAGAUUUUUGUAUGUCAGGAAAUGAAAGCAACAGCCAAAGCCUAAAUAUACUUAACCAGAACCAGCCAGAAUAUUUUCAAGUAUUUUGUAAGUAAGUGUUUUUUGUGGGAUUCAAGAGCUUAUACUCUGUUACCUGUCAAAGAUCAGGAAAACCUGAAAGUGAAACUGAGUUGGUUUUACAUGUUUAAGCUGAGGCAAAAAGUAAUAGGGGAAAAGAUUGUAAACCUAAAUCAUUAAUCAAUGAGGAUGAUUACCACAGACCUUUAAGGUAGUAUUCCCUGUUUCCUAGUAUGGCCUAUAAUCAUUGCAGGCAUCAAGUGAUUAGAUCAUAUAGCGAUAUACGUAAAAUUAGAGUAUAUUUAGCAUUUAUCAGGCUAACCAUCCUGAAGUCUGUUUUUGCCAGUAAGCUUCAGUGGGUGUAUAUUGGGUUCCUUGGGCACAACUAGACAUACUCAGAAACUAUGCAGUUAAAAAACAAAUCAUGUAAGAAAUUUAUAGUGUUUGGGUGAAAGUCUAGGGACAGCAAGCUUUUCAGUGCUCAUUCCUUGAACAGUUUGUCAGAAUUUCACAUCUCAUUUUUAGUGGAGGCCCUUACAUAGUAGUGUUUUAUCAAAAGUUACCAUGCAGGGACACUUGCAGAAGUACUUGAUGUAUAUUAAGAACAGCCACCACCAUGUGUCCCUUGAGGGUGGUCAGAUACUGGAAGAGAUUGCCCAGGGGGGUGGAGCUCUUUGUCCAUGAAAGGGUUGAGGACUUCACUGGGCACAUACCCUGGAACAUCCUGGUCACAUUAGGCCCACUUUGAGCAGGGUUAGGAUAGGGAUCUCUCUUCCUCCCUGAAUUAGUCUGUACCUGUAUAACUAAGGGGCAGUAUCUGGUGGCCUCUCUGGCAGGGGUUUCAGCUGGUGUGUUUAAAUAAUGACCGCUCUGAGAUGUUGUCAGUGUAUCUUGUGGGUCUGUGAUUCUGACUGCUGUAAUGAGUUCUGUCUUGAUGUGGUAAUGAGAUAUACUCAGUAUUCAUCUCUCUUGUUUUUGUCACAGUUCUGUAUGAUUGUGUCAUUUUUGUAUUAUUUGAAAGUAUUUCUUCUACAAAAUAAAAUAAUUUGCCAUAAACGGAAA